UCCUCAGCGCCGGGUCCCUGAUUGGUCGAGCCUCCCAGUCGCUGACGUCAGACGAGCUCUCUUGUGGCUGAGUCCGCGCGCAAGAGCAUCCAUUCUGCCUCCCAUAAGCGCUCCGGAGACACUGAAGAAAAGGAGAUGCGAGAGACACCAAGUGAGAGUUUGGCAUAACUUUGAUGAAGACGGGAGUUCACGGGAGCAGCAAACACGGGGACUGUCCUCCUUAUUUAAACUGGUGCCGAGCAGCACAGAGGGACAGCAGCAUCACCUCAUCUCCAUCAUCUGGCUUGGAUCUUAUAAGAGAACAAAUCUGUUGAGCUCCUGCAAAGGAAAUCACGGAAUCGUGUUAAUAAGGUUUGUGUUUGUGUGACUGCUGACCAACCAUGAUCCUGAACGCUUCUGACCUGGGCUGGGAUGAGUCCUCAGGUGCAGACCCCUUCUUCCCUGUGGACCAGUUGGAUAACUCAUCCCCAUAUGAGGUUCCACCCCUCACAGUGUGGGGCGUGGCCCUGUGUGUUUCAGGAACUCUCAUCGCCACUGAAAAUGCAAUCGUCAUCACCACCAUCUUGGCCACCCCAUCUCUACGCGCCCCUGUCUUCCUGCUGCUGGCUAGCCUUGGACUGGCAGAUCUCCUGGCAGGUGUUGCUCUGAUCCUUCACUUCCUCUUCCUCUUCUGUGUGGAACCCAGUGAUUGGUCAGAAUUGCUGACCUCAGGACUGCUGGUGACAUCACUCACUGCUUCGCUCUGCAGCCUGAUGGGUGUUGCUCUGGACCGAUACCUGUCUUUAAGCCACGCCCUCACCUAUGGCUCGGGCCAAUCGCGUCGCAGAGCUGCCGUCCUCCUGCUGUUGGUCUGGUUGGGUGCAUGUGUCAUCGGGGCGGGACCAGCGAUGGGAUGGCACUGUCUUGGAGAGCCAGACUCCUGUUCUGUAGCACGACCUCUGACCCGGACAUACCUGUCGCUACUGUGUGGUGGCUUCCUGGUGGUCGUCAUGGUAACCCUGCAAUUGUACGCUGGGAUCUGCCGUGUGGCAAGGCGCCAUGCCCACGCCAUUGCUACCCAGAGGCACUUCCUCCCAGCCAACCAAUCAUAUGCAAACAAACACGGCAGUGGGAGGGGCUUCUCUCGAUUGAUCCUGGUCCUGAGUGUGUUCGUGGGGUGCUGGAUGCCUUUCUCCCUCUGGGGGCUCCUGGGAGACGCGUCCAGCCCUCCUCUGUACACCUAUGCCACCUUGGCUCCAGCAGCGGGCAGCUCCUUGCUGAACCCCAUCCUCUACAGUCUGAGAAAUAAAGACAUUCGCAAGGUGCUGCUCCAGGCCUGCUGCCCCCACAGAUACACACACAACACACACAUACACUACCCUGUGGAUGUGUAGACUGCCAAACAUCGCCAGAGUCAAGCCAACACACAAUCUAUGCUCGACAUAUCACCGUCUGUGUGCCAAGAUACACACACAGCUGCAGUGACUGUCAUCCAGAUCCAGAACAUGAAGCCUCACACCCCCUAUCUCUCUCUCUAUUGCAUACACACACACACACACACUCCCACAUACACAGAAGCAGCACUUUUCUGGGAGAAGACGUCCUUCUGCAAAUCAGAAUGUACUGAACUGUCCUGGCUGGCAGCCAUGUUGGAACAGCCCUGCUGUUGCCACAAAGAUUAAACGUACUGUCUUGUGUGUACUUUGUGCCUCAUCCACAGUCAAUUGUAGCUCCACUGGAUCCGCAAAAUGAAACAAUCACAGGGAUGUUAUAAAAAUCCCCACUCAUAAAAAGUGGAUCUAAUGACCAUGGGCACUUUAAGAUGAAAGAAAGGAUGGGUUUUAAAUGUAAGCCUGUGACGACAUGUGAGAUCCAAAGCCCGAUUUUAUUUACUUGAAUGUCUAGAAAACAUGGUGUUCUAGAUUUUUGAGAUUCUAUUUUGCACAUGCUGUUAAGGCACUUUGAAAGGUUCUGACCAUAUGUUCGUGUUGCACAACCUUUUUCAAAUGAAUGAAUAUUUUAUACUGAUGAAUAAAAAAUAUGCUUUUUUUCUACUGCGUGAUGUCAGCACUCUUCUCUUCGUUGCUGCUGAGGCUUUUAGUGCGUUUGUCCCUCUAUAACUCUGACUCUUUAGCUCAAUUAGGCACAGACUGCUGCUCUCCGUUGCUGUAUCCUGAAUUAUUUGGUGGCUAAAGCAAUCUGCAAUGUUACUACCAUCACUGUGCAUCCACUGCGUCCUCUUUAAAUCAACAAAGCAGCCUUAGUAUGAGGAUGCAGUGAUUAUGCAAGAGGUUUUUCUCUCCUCCUACUCAUUUUUUGACUUUUAUCCAGCCGAUUCAUUUUCACACUCCCUACACAGUCAGCACUGGCCACUGUGAAAAGGUGUCCAGCUCUGAC